AUGGCUAAGACAAGGAGUAUGACUAGAAAGCAAAGCCAUGGCAAUGCAUCUAGUAGGAAGAGGAUCAAGACUUGUAACCCUGCUUGGUCAGAUCUCAACCAUGAUGUGCUUUUUUUAGUUAUGAUGCAACUUGGAGUUAUUGAUUUUGUUGCAUUUAGUGGAGUUUGCAACUUAUGGAGAUUAUUUUCAGUCUCUAACAAGAAGGAUUUUAUGGUGUCCAAACCACCGAUGUCCAUUUCUAUAUCUACACUAGGUUUUAAGAAAGGCUGCUACUUAAAGGACUAUGAAGGAAGAAAGUUCAAAACCAUCCUUCCCCAUUGUGGUCGUAGGAUGAUCUGUGUUGGAUUAACUUGUGGUUACUUGAUCUUGUUGUGCAAGAAAACCCGUGACUUCUGGCUUGUAAAUCCUAUCACAAGGCAUGAACUUCAUUUCCCUGUUGGGGAUGUCCCCAUUGUCACCUUAUGUAUUGAUUAUGACGUUGACAGGGCUAUCCUUGUCUUUUCACCUUCAAUAUCUAGGUGGGUGUUUGUUGUGUUCGAUAGAUUCGAUAGUAAAAUAUGGUUUUGUAUAGAUGAAAAACGAGAAUGGACUUAUGUCUACACCCCUUCCCACAUCUAUGAUAUAUUUGCUUUCAAGGGAAAGUUAUAUACCAUAAAUUAUGAUAAUAGUUUAAAUGAAGUGAGACUUUUUCCAACACCCAAAGUGACAUUACUUGAUCUCACGAAUUUCCUAAAGCCAAGCUUUGGUCAUCCGAUGUUUGUAAGUUCCGGUGAAAAUCUUUGUGUGAUUGAUCGAUUUUCUAUAUAUUCGCACAAGGAGAAGAAGAUUCAAGAAAUAAAUUUCAGCAAAAUGGAAUGGGUGCCACGUGAAAAGAAAAAGAAUAAUAUGCAUUUUUUAUAG